AAUCUGAACGCAGCCCUGGGCUUACUACCAGCGCGAGUUCUGAUUGGCUCACUGCUUUCCGCUUUUCAGCCAAGGUGUGAAUUCCCUCUUAAGUAGGACGACGGAGAUCGUGGCGCGCCGUAGCGCGUAUAUGUUCUGUGCGCGUCGUAACGUAUUUCAACUCGCAUUUUUGUCGUCCCCUACGUGUUUACGAUGCGAAUAAGUGCUUCGAGAGUGCCGUGGAUUGUCGAAAGCAGAAAGAAUGAAAUGAAGUAUCAGGCGCUCGUGCCAACAUCCGUCGUGUUGAAUAUACAUGAUGCGAAGUCGUGUCGCAUUCAAUCGUGUUUCGCAUCUACUCCGUUGCCUCAUAUCCCGAGUUUCCGACGCGCGUGAGUACCGUAAGUGUUUCGAGAAUGCCGAAAACGAAGGAUCGCGCGUUUGUGCAGUGUGAAUCAAGACGAAUCGUCCAGAAUCGUCAUGAGAAGGAUCUUGGAUUUCGAAUGUUCGAGAGCUGCGGCGGGGAAAGACGGAGCUGGAUGGAGUUGGACAGAGCGACCAGUCUAAAAUUAUUCAUCCCGCAGCUUCGAACGCCUUGAGACGACACAGGCGCCACUGGUCCAGAUCAUCUUUACAUUGUUGAGAUCUAUAUGCAACGGCAUACGAGGAAUGAGCGGUCCUCCUGCGUAGAAAGUUGCGUCGAGCGCAAUCGCAUUUCUAGGACCUUAGAGGACCAACGGAUUUUUUCUUGUCGUUCAAUUCAACAAGCAGCGGUCGUCGAAGCGAAGAAAUAUGAGGGAAACGCGAAUGCUUUACACUGUAAAACGCUGGAAGACUUCCUGGAAGACUGUCUCGACGAGUUUCUCGAAUAUAUCCUAGAAACUCUAUCUGAAGCCGUGCAUCAGAACCGCUUCUCGAAGCGGCACGAAGCGAAGCGAAGCGAAGGCGGAGCGCGGACGGAGGCCAAAGAUCGACGAGCCUGGAGGAAACGAGAAUCCCGAUUCCUUGUUCGCAAAGUGCUCCAAGUGUGGAAAAGCGAGAGGAUAAGCGCGAGCCCGUGUAUCUAAGAACAGCAAUAAAUUUUCUCGGAAACUGCACGUCGUGGAAAAGUAUAAAAAUUAUUACGGUGCCAUGGGCCAAUGUUAAAUUGACGAUACGAUCGUUAACAUUAUUGGAAUAGAACGGAAAGUUUAAACGGGUAUAUCAUUUCGAGUGUAACAAUGACAAUAAUAAGAACGUUACACUCUGAUCCAAGUAUAUAAAGAGAGUUUUAGCAAGGUAUUUUUUUAACAGUUCUGUUAUUUUGUACGCUUGAAGAAUGGAUGGCGUAAACGAAAUAGCGAAACGCUUAGAAUCUUCUGAAAAGCCGUAUCACGGCAAAUGCGAAUCUAGGCACGGCCGCUUGGUGAUUUGCUAACAUCAGGGCCAUCUAACUGUUUUGUAGAACCAUCCUACUUUUCUUUCAACGGAGGAUCGCGAGGUACUCAACCUCUAUCCACGAGCAAUGAAUCGAAUUGGAAUCGACCGAUGCCGCCGCGAUGACUCCUUUGCGCUCCUUUUGCACUCGCAUAACGCGUCGUACGAUUGCUUAAACUCAGCCGAAUGAUCGUUAAAAAAUAAGUAUUUUUCUCUCACGUAGAGAUACGGGAUAUUACGAAAUAUCGUCUUGUAAACAAUUUCAUUUUUCCUCCCUCGUAUUCGUCGCUAUCGUUCGAAAUUCAUAUUCAAGCUGGAGAUUGUAGACUUUCUGACACAUUGUUGCAAAACUCGCUCGUAAAAUCUCCCUCCCGUUAUUCGCAAUCGUUCGUGGCGCGGCGUUCAAGCUAGGAAAAAAAAAAAAAUUACGGCUUCUCGGAGUCAGGGGCCAAAGAGCAUUGCGGGCCCGAGAGAAACCGAGAUCUCGAUCUUUUGACCGGUCUCUCUCUCUCUCUCUCUCUCUCUCUCUCUCUCUCUCUCUCUCUCUCUCUCUCGAUCGAAAAUGGAUCUCACGCGAUCGCCGUCGUCACACUCGCCACAAUCGCCGAUCGAAGGAGCAACAUCAGGGCCGGAUAACUGUUCGAAGGAGAUCCCUUCCCCUCUC